GGCCACCUAUCACGGGACCACGCUUGGGGUCACUGAGCUCCUGAGAGCUAACCCAUUCUUUCACCAAUGUUUGUAGAAGCCGUCUGCAUGCCUAGGGGCUUGAUUGUAUACACCUGUGUCCUGUCCAUGGAGGGGAUUGGAACACCGGAAUCACAUGAUAUGGAGGGCGAUUGGAACACCUGAAUCACAUGAUAUGGAGGGGAUUGGAACACCUGAAUCACAUAAUAUGGAGGGGAUUGGAACACCUGAAUCACAUGAUAUGGAGGGGAUUGGAACACCUGAAUCACAUGAUAUGGAGGGGAUUGGAACACCUGAAUCACAUGAUAUGGAGGGGAUUGGAACACCUGAAUCACAUGAUAUGGAGGGGAUUGGAACAUUGGAAUCACAUGAUAUGGAG